AUGCCCAAGGAGCAGACAACGUGGAAGAGGAGAAGCAAAGAGAAAUGGACGAGGGAAAAAGAGGCAAGAAAUCGCUCAGGCUCUCCGACGCCCAAAUUACAAUGCAGAUCCCAACUGACAGACGGAGAGGAAGAGACAGAAGAGAAGAGAGGGAGAGCGGAUGAGGGAGAUGAUGGAGCUUUACUCUUUACUCUGCGAAAGACGGGAACGCUAUACCGUUUUUGGACAUCCAAGAGGGUGACAGGCGGAGCAACGGAAAGUACCGUGAAGAUCAGGGCACGGAUGCUGAAGGACAGCAUCUCAUUGUCCUCUCCUUCUGGCCAUGAGUUUGGUCUUCCAGGAGCCGUGGGCCUGAUCAGAAGAAGCAGUCGGGUCUUACUGUCGCUCUCCAGUGCUGGCACGGGAUUGCUGGCUCCGUCAUACAUGCGGUCUGCCAGUCAAAUGGCUCCUGCAAAACCUCCCUACGACCCCAUUGUCAGUGUUGAGGGCAUGUAUAAGGGCUCUCUUACACGGCUUGGAUAUUUCUUCAAAGACCCAAAACACUAUGGCGGAGCGACCCUGGCAGUAUUGAGGGAAUCAGCAAAACGUUACGAUGAUGCGUUGGAUGACUGCCUGAUACAGAUCCUAGAUGCAAAAUGGCUGCUGGAGCAUCAGCUGGCACAGAACCGUGCCCGUCGAGUUCGUGAGGCAGCUGAGACUGAGAUAGCAUCAAACAAGAGAAAGUUAGAAAGCACUCCAGAUGAAGGAUCUACAUACAAUCAUGCACCGGACAGGGGGGACAACCCUGCUAAGAGAAUCAAGGUUCAACACAGUCCGCAUGAUAUGGCAUUGCCGGGACCUGAACAGAAUGGUGAAGAUUCUACAAAGGGCAUGCAUAAUUCAAAGCAUGCUGAGAAUGCUGAGGGAGAGGCUUCCGCCGCAGCCAAACCAGAUAUCUUGACAGCCGAAGAGGAUGGCCAAAAAGCUGGUCCGCCAGAUAACAAGGAAUCAUCAGCAGGAGCAGCAGGCCAAGAAGAGAAGAUUAUUACGGCUACAGAACCUCCGCCAGACAAGCCUACUGCGCCACCACCAGAAGAAAUGAGAGAGCAGAAGGAGCAGGCAGGUGAGGCAGUUCAGGCAGGUCGCACAGGAAACGAUGAAGAGAUGAAUUUGGACUCCAUGUUUGCAGAUGUGAAUACGGGCAAUGACCAAAGCAAUGACCUGAACUUCGGCUUAGACCUUAGCACAGCCAACCUGGUCGAGUCUAACCCUUUUGAUUCCUCGACUCACGAAACCACCAAUCUUGAGCUACUACCUGGCCUAGAAUCUUACGCAAAUGCUAGUAGCGACGACUUUAGUAUGCUCAACCUUCCUUCCACCACGAGGCCGGAUCCAUCCAGUGUGCCGGGGCUGGGAACCGAGUUUGACCUUCCCGAAAUCCCGGGAGACAGCAAUUUCAAUGAUCUGUUUGCAGAUGGCGAUUUUGGAGGAGAUGCUUCCCUGAUGGACCUCGAUCUGGAGAACGGCUUUUUCGACACUUAA